CACAGACAAUCAACUUUUUCACUUUUCACUCUCUUUCUUUCACUUUGAUUAAUUUCUCGUGGAGUGUGUUGGAAACCUCCCUGCUGAUGUUAUGGAUAACUUCCAGACUGUCCUGCGUUUCUUUAUGAACCAGAAAGCCACCAUUGGUUACAGUUUCAUGGCUCUCCUGACUAUAGGUGGGGAGCGAGUCUUCUCCAUGGUUUCCUUUCAGUGCCCGUGCAACCAUGACCAGAACUUUGCCUAUGGGCUGACUUUCCUGCUGGGCCCGGCUGCAGUGCUGCUGGUUUUGGGUCUCUUCUUCAGCACCAGAUUGUGGAGGCUCUAUACCGGCUGCUGCCUUGAUUGCAUGAAGCUGUGCCCCCGUGGGAACUGCUUUGGCUGCCUCAGGGUGUUCCUUAGCAUCUUCACUGGAGCUUGUGUGGCUCCUAUAAUGUGGCUCUCUGUGGCCCUGCUCAAUGGAACCUUUUAUGAGUGUGCUGUCAGUGGUCUUGAUGAUAACCUGGUCGUGGAUCUGUUCUGUAAAAACAAAACUUUGAAAUGUAGGGAGGAGCUUGCCCGAGUGCCCUGUGACCGGUCCAAUCUGUCCAGUGAUGAGCGCAUGGAGCUGCUGCUAAUGUUGAGGGCUCAGUCACAGAUCGUGGGCUGGUGUAUUAUUAUCAUCACUGCCAUUGGAGCCCUCCUAGGUACCUGCUUCACAAACUGUCGCUCCAAAGUCAGCUACCUGCAGCUGACAUUUUGGAAACGCUACGUGGAUAAAGAGAAGGAGCAUUUUGAUACUUUUGCUGUGGAAUACGCCACCAAACUGGCCGAGAGAAACCUGCAGAGUUUCUUUGAGAACAAAGACCCUGAUCCAUUCCCUUUCCCCAACCACAAGGCAUGGGAGGAGAUCUCUGCAUACUACACCUUUUCCAGGAGUGAGGAGUAUUACAGCACCCUGCAGUGCUACGUGGAGAAGGCAAACAGGGACUUCACACCAGAGAAGAGACCUGUAUUGAGCUUUGAGCAUGGAAUAGAAAUGCAUUAAGAAAGACCAGGGAUCGCUUGCACAAAACAACUUAAUUUUUCUCCUUAAGUGUGACACUUAAGGCUUAAUUUCUCCUUAGCUGAGGGACUUACACAGUUGCAUCGAAUUCCUUGAAAGGUUUUCUCAGUUAAAGAAACGUUAACUCAUUUACUGCAUUGAAAGAGAUUUUACAGCAGUAAAAGUCUCCAUGGAGAUUGUUUGUUUGCUUGGAUGCCUGUUUCACUCAUGAUGCAUGUUAUUGUCUCACAAAGUUGGCUUAUAGUAAGAUAGUGAAAAAAUGGUAGAAGAAAAGAAGAGAAGAAAACCAUACUGGUCAGAGGAGGAACAGAUUGUAGUUCCGGAGAAAUACAAACCUAGAAAACACAUACUACAGAGUAAAUUUGAUCCCCAAAUACCAGAAAACAGAAAACAAUUGUAGGAUGAAAUUGCAGUGACAGUUACCUCUAUAGUUUAAAAUCAAUAUGGUUCAUCACCAUAAACUUAGUAAGUAGCAGUUAAGAUAGAGUCAGAGGUACCUUAAGUUUUUUUGUUUCUUUGGGUUUUUUUUUUUUCCGGGGUCAAAGGAUUCCUUAAGUAUAAGACCAAGACAAGGGGAAACCAUAAACACUUGAGUGAACAUUUUAAGGAAACCUUAAUGAGAAGACUUAAGGGUGUUUUGUGCAACCAAUUUAAUUUCAGGAAACCUUAACUAGGAAAGGAAUAUCUUUACUUAAGGUGUUUUGUACAACUGCCUCCAUACUGUGGUGAGACUAUUAGAUACUCAUCACUCUUGGUAUGUAACUCUUAGUCUAUAGUAUAUGCAAGCAUGACUUGGGAGAAGCUGUCCUAGGCUGCCUCUUCACUGACAAAGCUGCCCUUUCACUUUGUUUUACUCCGAAGAAUGUGACUAUUUGCAAGCUGCAAUGGUACAACCUGUAAGCACGUGAAAUAAUUCAGGGCAUAACCACUACUUUUUUUACACACUACUUCUCACUGCCUCUGUAACACUGUAUGCAUUUAAGCCCCCCUAGUACUAACAAAUUUUGACUCACUUUGGAUUUGCAAAGUAACUUGUUGGUUCGUGUUGUGUUUGUAAACAGGCUUAAAGUGAAAGUCAACCCAGAUUCACUCUCAUUUUGGAAUGACCUUUGUCCACUUGCCAUUUUGCCUCACUAUAUUUGCUUUUUUCCCAGCGUUGUGUCCAUGAUUUUCAUAGCUUUCUUGUGGAUGCAUGCUCCUUACAGUCUCGUAUCUGGUCACUACCUUUUUAUAAAGCCUACACCAUCCCUGCUUUUGUGCCCAAAUUCCUCACUUGA